AUGUUGUGGCAACACACCCUUGUCCACCUUUCGGUGCUUACGGGUGCCGCUUUCUCUGCGUCGCUUAGCCAUGUACUUCAUGAGAAGAGAGACGUCCCUUUGCCACACUCCCGACAGCGUGUGCACGGCGACGCCAUUGUCCCCGUCCGAAUUGGUCUGAAGCAAAGCAAUUUGCAUACUGGCUAUGACCGUCUAAUGGACGUUUCCCAUCCCGCGUCCGAGAACUACGGAAAGCACCUGACCAAAGAGGAAGUCAAUGCGCUCUUUGCCCCCGCCGACGAGACUGUCCAAACCGUCAAGAGCUGGCUGCUCAGCUCUGGCCUUGUUGGCGACGACGAGGUUCUUCAUUACGAGAACAAAGGAUGGCUAGCCAUUGACAUGCCUGCCAAGCAUGCCGAGAGCUUGCUGGGAACCACGUUUUACGAGUUGGAAAGCCCUAAUGGAGAAAUCCGAAUUGGUUGUGACGAAUACUAUCUUCCUGUCCAUGUUUCUAACCAUGUGGACUAUGUCAAGCCCGGUGUAAAGCUUUCUGCACCACUAAAGAAGAGACAGUCAUUUGAGAAACGCAGCAGCCCAGGACCUGCAGCACGCGGAGGUCACCAUGUGCCACAUGUGCAACCACAUUCCCCCGGUUGGACACUUCCACCUGCUGCUCAGGGUCUGCCUCCCGAUCUCCAGAACUGCGGUGUCAACAUUACCCCAAGCUGCAUCAAGGCCUUGUACGAUAUCCCGGAUGCUAUUUUCAGUCAGCCCGAGAAUGCCAUGGGUCUAUUCGAGACUUAUGACACGUUCGCCCAGGAGGACAUUUCCCUCUUCUUCGAGCAUUAUGCCACCAAUGUCCCCUCCGAUACGAAACCCAAUGUCAUCUCUGUUGACGGGGGUACCGCACCGGUUGCACCUAGUAGUGAGCUGAACGGUGGAGAAUCCGACAUCGACCUUGAUUUAUCAAUCUCACUCAUCUACCCCCAGUCGGUGACCGUCUACCAAGUCGAUGACCUGCCAAACUCCUCGGGUGAGACAAACACGACUGGCUUCCUCAACACUUUCUUGGACAGCAUCGACGGCAGUUAUUGCAGUUACUCUGCCUUUGGCAUCACAGGAGAUAGCCCAGGUAUUGACGCUUCUUACCCUGAUGACCUUUCCGGAGGCUACAAGGGCCAGUUGGAAUGUGGUACAUACGAGCUCACUCGCGUGGUCUCCAUAUCCUACGGCGAGGCAGAGACUUACUUGCCGAAGGCAUACGUUGAGCGUCAGUGCAAUGAAAUCUUGAAGCUCGGCCUACAGGGCCACACCAUCCUUGUUGCUAGUGGAGACUAUGGAGUAGCUAGCUUCCCUGGAAGCAACGGUGACGAAGAAGGAUGUCUCAGUUCUGAUACACAGAACGGAACCAUCUACAACCCUGACUACCCGUCUGGAUGUCCUUACAUCACAGCAGUCGGUGCCACCAGAUUGUACCCCAAUGACACUGUUUAUGACGCUGAAUCCGCCAUGCAAGUCAACCUGACUGCAUUCAACAUUGCCACUGGUGUUACUGGUUCCGUCGGGACUCCCUAUGAUUUCUUUGCCACUGGCGGUGGUUUCUCCAACUAUUUCACCCCUGCGCCUUUCCAGGCUGCCGCUGUCGCCGAGUACCUCCAGAAAGACUUGCCAUUCCAAAGCUUGCCCUACUAUGAGAUCAACUCAGAUGCAAGCAAUAUUGGUGAAAACGGAGGUGUCUAUAACCGCAUUGGCCGCGGUUAUCCAGAUGUAUCUGCAAACGGUGCUUACUUGCUCACUUUUGUGAAUGAAACGGCAGGGACCUACUUUGGUACCUCUUUGGCAUCGCCUAUCUUCGGCUCCGUUGUCACCUUGAUCAACGAAGAGCGUACUGCAAUUGGCAAAGGACCUAUUGGAUUCAUUAACCCUGCAUUAUAUGAAAAUCCAUGGGUCUUGAAUGAUAUUACCAACGGCUCGAACCCCAACUGCGGUUCUCAAGGUUUCCAGGCUUCGACUGGCUGGGAUCCUGUCACAGGACUAGGAACCCCAAACUAUCCUCGCAUGUUGGCAUAUUUCCUAAGCCUACCAUAA